GCUUCUCGUGGUUCCUCAUGUAGUAGGCUUUGAACUACUACAACAUUUUGAAAAGUCAAACAUUUCUGUUUUGAAACUAUUUUUUGCUAUCGAAAGGAUAGUGGGUACUUAUGGACAAUGAGGAACCGUCUUCCACAACGGAAACCAGAAAUGAGUGCCCCAUUUGUCUGGAUCAACUGGAUUACAACGUCAAAGCGUUGGAGUGUGCGCACAGCUUCCAUCACGGCUGCAUCGAUCAGUGGCUCCAGCGGAAACAGACCUGUCCUCUGUGCCGACUGCCGACCAAAGUCGGUCCUCGCAGUUUGACGAUUACCAACCGAAGACGUUCCCGAAGGAUCCGCGCCUAUCAACAUCAAACGAGGCAAAUCCGAGUGCAACGUUUGCAAAGCAUUCGAAGAUCAGAAAGGCCGGAACCGGAAAGAAGAGAACCAACAAACGAAUGAUGAAUUCUAAACUAUCAAAUUGAUGUGAUAUAUUUUUGAUACGAAUUAUAGUAGUGCAAUCUAAUUAUGGUUAUGCUUAUGGCAUAGAGA